CGAGGAACGUGAGAACAUUCGUGAUCUAGGAGGAGAAAAGGAGCAGCGAAUAUGGGGCCUGUUUACUUCAGCAACACUGUCAGAGUUUGAAAAGACAUGGCGAAAAAGGCCUAUCCAUGCAGUGAUGUUCUUUUGAAGAUGACAGCUGUCCCUCAAAGAAACACCAAAAGGAGAAUCAUAUUUUGAAUAACUGAACUGGCCAAGUGGAUGAUUCAUUUUAAUUUAGCUAAAAGUGACAGUAACCCGGUGGAAAUGACUGUCACCACAGUUCUCCGUUGGCUGUUCCUCAUGUCCGUUAUACUUCUGACCAUCGGUGGUAACAUACUGGUGUGCUUGGCAGUGGGGCUCAGCCGACGUUUGUGGCGAACAGCUAACUGCUUUGUGGUGUCGCUGGCAGUUGCAGAUCUCCUGCUUGGCGUGUUGGUGCUCCCCUUGUCUGCCACGCUGGAGCUCCGCAACAGUAAAUGGCCUUUUGGAGGAACACUGUGCAAUAUUUACAUCUCAGUGGAUGUCAUGCUGUGUACAUGCUCCAUCCUGACCCUGUUGGCAAUCAGUGUGAACAGGUACCUGGCCAUUUCAUCUCCCCUCAGCCACUCUCAAAGAGUCACCCCACGAAGGGUGUCACUUGCCAUUAUCUUCAUCUGGCUGCUGUCGCUGGCCGUGGCUUUUUUCCCCAUCCACCUGGGCUGGAAUACAGCAGACUACAGGGUGCAAAACUUGGACUGGGAAUUUGGGGAUGAGGGCACUGAUAAAGGACACUACUGCCAGUUUGAAUUUAAUAACAACUAUGUCCUUAUUUAUGCCUUUGGCUCUUUUUACUUACCACUGAUGGUCAUGUGCGGAAUGUAUCUUUGCAUUUUCAGAGUGGCACGUGAACAGGUAAGACGUAUCCGUGCUACCACUCCGUCAUUUGCACGCUCAGCGACUGCUGCCAUAGCCCGAGAGCACAAGGCUACAGUCACCCUGGCAGCUGUACUUGGUGCAUUUAUCAUCUGUUGGUUUCCCUACUUCAGCUACUUCACCUGCAUGGGUGUGAAGGAAAAGAGAAAUCCUCCCAACACUCUCCAUUCUGUAGUUCUGUGGCUAGGAUAUUUGAACUCUACCCUUAAUCCCAUCCUCUAUCCAGCAUUCAACAGGGAUUUCCGUCGAGCCUAUGGGGAACUGCUUCGCUGUCGAGGAUCAUCACGCAGGACUCUGCAGCUUACUCCUGUGACUCUGUACAAACGACUGAACUUUUUCAAGCUAUUCAGGGUCUCCCAAAACUCUAAGAAAAGCACAGCUGCGGUUAUGGUUGAAAGACAGAAGAGCCUUUCUUUGCCCUGUGAAGGAAGGCAUGGUGCAGAUGAUUCAUGGUGAAAGUUCUUUGGAUGAGAGCCUGUAUAAACAUUGUGGGUACAAAUCUACUAAACUGUUCACAGCACCAGCAUAAGUGACUUUUCUACUAUCAAAUAAUCAUUUUGUGCUUCAAUAUGUGGGGCUAUAGAUGAAGAUGACGCCAAAUCCAAGGUUCAAGGGAUCGCUUUUAUUGUACAUAGUUUUGAAGUAUCUGAAGUACUGUUUAGAUGAGUUUAAUAAAGUAAUAUUUUCUAGGACAUGUUCCAGCAAAAGGCAUGGGAACACCGGUGCCUAAAGGAUGCAAAGUGUUUGUUUUCUCUCCCUACACCCCUGCAAGUCAUAGUGAAUAUGUGACCAACAACUUGAUUUGAUAUGCAUAACCGGUUUAUAUUUCACCUGACCAGAGCAGAUUGACCUCAAGGACUUCCUGGACAUCUUAACAGAAUUUCUGUAAAUAAAGUAAUCCUUUAAGGAAUGCUUUCUUAGCAUGUAAAACUACUGUGGAAUGAAGAGCGUUGUUCUCAUAAUCUUGUUUAUGUAAACACAUAGCAUAGUUGUCUAAAAUAAUUUUGCUGGAUUAAAAACAAUCCGAUUUGAGUUGUUUUACUAAACAGGGCCUGGUUUAGGCCGAUUUGAAACAAGGUUGGGGUUGUGGGUUUGACCAGGCAAACUUGUUUAUGUUUUCAACCCCAAAACUGGAUUAUGGAUUAUUGUCUAAAGCUAAGAACAAGAGUGGGUUAAAAAAAUAAUCAAUAUCUUGAAUUACAAGACAAGUAAUAUUAAAAUGCGUAAACUGUAUGCCUAGUUUAUUCCUACAUUCAAAAUUAGUAGGUUAGAAACAGCAAAAAAAAAAAACAUAAUAGACUACAGAUUACAUAUGAAUAACAAUAAUCAUGCUAAAUUUAUAGUUAUUUAGCUUCAGUGCAUAAUCUUUCAGAAUUAAAGUAAUGUGGCUGUAGCAAAUAAUAUGGAUAUGCAGUUGCUAAAAAAGUAUGCAUAAAUAUUUCUUCUUGGUCUGUUUAUAUUACCUUUUAAAGCAGCUCUUUUGGUAGAAAUUAAUGCUACUCAUAGACAGUGCUAACUUGUGCUGACUACUUAGCACCCAAAAGGCUAAUGCUACCAAGUUUAGGUGAACAAACUUCUCUGGUGCAAAGUUAAAUAUGGACUCUGAGUCCACCUUGGGUUGAUUUAACCCAACAGGGUUGGGUUAUGGGUUGGACCCAAAAUACAGGUUAGGUUUUCAACCCGAAAUAUCACGUGUAAUUGUAUAUAUAACAUUAAAUCAAACAAUGCAAACCCUAUAAAUAACUUGUCCUGUCAGAAUGAGUCCUUAUGCCUUUGUGAAUAAUAAAGGUCAAAAAGUGAGGUGGUAUUUAACAUAGACUGAACUCCUGUAAAAGGAAACAACAAGAACAUCAACCAAGAAAUAAUUGUUACCUGCUCUAAGGUCAGAAUUGUUUGACUAGUCUCUCUGUUGCUUCAGUUUUUUAUGGGACCAAAAUGUAUAUAUAUAUUUUUUUUAGCAUUGUUUCAAAUAAGAUGAAAAACAUACCACGAUUGCCCCAUUCAAAGUGCGUCAUCGUAUGCCUGAUGAAAAUAUAUUGCCCCAUCAGCAUCAGGCCAAUCCAAUAUAGUACUUGUCUCAUUGUUUAUACAAAGUCUGAUGCAAAGAUCAUAUAUGUCAUUUAAAAUCCUUAGUCAUUUUUAUUGACUUAGUCAUUAUCUUUGUUUACUUGUACUUUGUGUUCUCCUGUGCUACAUUUCAAUGGCGCAAAGAUUAAUAAAAUCACAUCUGCUGCAUGAAAAGCAGGAUUUUUA